GCGCCGCGGCCGCCCGGCAAAGCCGUUGCCAACGGGGGCCCGGUCGCCACUUCGAGCCGGCCUGCGCGGGCCCCACCGCGCCGCCUCGCCCUCGGGACCCCCCUGGCUGCCCCGAGUCGUCUGGCGCAGGCCCCGCGCCGCCGCUACCCUAUCCAGCAGGCCCGGUAUGCCUCGCUGGGCGCCCUGCCCGCCGUCUGCUGGGACGGCUGUCCGAGAAAGAGCGUGCUGUCGGCGCGCCACUCCGGCAUGGUGCGCAGCCCCGUGACGGUGAAGAUCGCCCGGCCUGCCUCCGGCCUGGCCCGCUCCCCCGUCCUGGAGCAGCUGAUCCCGCCAAUGGCCUUUACACCCAACAGCAGUUUGGACCCAUGUGCAAAAGAGACUGUGCUGAAUGCUAUCAAGGAGAGCAGGAAAAGGGCUGUGGAGGAGGAGGAGGAGGACCAGGCUUUUGGGAAUGAUCAGGAGAGCAAGAGAAGGCGCCACGACAGCAGUGGAAGUGGGCAGUCAGCAUUUGAGCCACUGGUAGCCAACGGUGCCCCUGCCUCUCUCAUACCCAAGCCUGGUUCUCUGAAGAGGGGCCUUGUUUCGCACUACCUAGAUGACUGUUCAAACAAGAGGUCGCGGACCUCUUCCAUGAGCUCUGUGAACAAUACGUAUGCUGGUGGGAUCCCCAGCUCCAUUCGCAACGCCAUCACCAGUUCCUACAGCUCUAGCCGAGGCCUCUCACAGUUGUGGAAGACAAGCGGUGUGAGUGUGUCCCCGCUGUCCAGCCCAGCAUCCUCACGCUCCCAGACACCAGAGUGGCCUCUCAAGAAAGCAAGGGAAGAGGAGUCUCUUUGCUCCAACGCUUCCACUCCAGUAAAAUCAGAUAAGGAGCUUCAGACUGAAAAAGUGGUGGAGAUGCCCGUGCGGAAGAAGCAGAAUUCCCUGAGCUCGCCGUCAGUGUCAGGAAGCAGUGGGAAGCGCAAACGGAAGAUCCAGUUGCUGUCGUCUCGACGGGGAGAUCAGCUCACUCUGCCCCCACCGCCUCAACUGGGUUAUUCCAUCACCUCGGAGGACCUGGAUGCGGAGAAGAAGGCAGCGUUGCAGUGGUUCAACAGAGUCUUGGAGGAUAAGGCUGUAGAUCCAGUCCCUAGCACCACUGCAGAGAGUACCCCUCAAUCCAGGCCACUGGCAUUCACGAUGACCUCCCCAGGGCCUGCACCUGUGUCAACCACUGCACCUGCCAGCAGCAACUCGCUCCUGGACAGCCUGAAGAAGAUGCAGAGUAGCCAGACUGCCCCUGUGCCGGCAGACUCUGCUGGAGCUGCAGUAGUGUCUGCACCAUCUUCGUCCACACCACAGCUGCCUGCUCCAGCUGUAUCACUGGAGUCAAGUUCAUUACCUGUGACUUCUGCUGACACCAAGCCUGUGCCCAUAUUAAGCAUAACUGCCCCUUCUGCCCCUCCUACUUCUGGGGCACAGCCUGCCAGCAGCCUGAGUCCUUCAUCUGUAGAGCUGGGCCAGACCCCCAGCAAACCUCCCUCCUUCUCAAAGCCAGGCAUCCUUUUUGGGAUGCUGAGCACCCCUCCAGCCAGCCAGCUGACAACGACAGCAACCACUGCUGUUCCCACCACAACACCUGUCUUCAAACCCAUCUUUGGAACUCCGCUGAAAAGCGAGAGCACAGCACCCUGUACGACUGUUGUCUCUACUGCAGUUGUGUCUGCAAGUUCGGGCCCUUCAUCAACAUCUAUCACUACCAUGUUCAAGCCUAUAUUUGGCAACGUGACAGCAGCUUCAUCUCCAGCAAAGGCUUCUCCUUUCGCAUUCAAGCCGAUGUCACAGCCAGCCUCAGCUGCAGAUCUGCCAACAACCUCCACGACUGCCCCGGCAGUAUUUACAGGCCUUCCUGCUGUCAUCUUCACCACUGCAGCUACCACUGCUACCACACUGAGUUCUUCCACGGAUGCCACCACUAAACCUGUCUUCAGCUUUGGACUCAACCCUCCUGCCUCCACUGGCCCUGCUACCAGCCUGACUGUUACCACUGCCACUUCCACCAGUACGUCUCAGCCAUUCCUGUUUGGAGGCCCAGCCAGCUUGGCUUCUAGCACAGAAGGCAGCUUUGCCCCCUCAGGGCCUGUGUUCCAGUUUGGAAAGCCGGCUCCAGCCACAGUCCCUUCCACCACCAGUGUCACAGGAGGCUCUGCCUUUGGCCAAGCACCUUCAAACUUGACUGCUCCCACCACUGCUGUGGGCUUUAGCAUUUUUGGAGGCACUGCCCUGACAUCUGCCCCAGCAACCACAGGUCAGUCAACGUUGACAUUUGGCUCCUCUGCCACAGCUUUUGGCAGUUCUUUCAGUGCAAGUGCGAAGCCACCACCGCCGUAUCCUGGCACAGCGAAUCAGUCAGCUUUCAGCAGUGGUGCUGUGGAGAGCCAGCCGCCCGCCAGCAAACCCUCUACUGGUCCAGUCAGCUUUGGCCCCUCCUUCACUUUCGGAGCCCCCGCAGCCCAGUCCACCGCUCAGCCAGCAUUUGGUAGCAGCGCUCAGCCAUCAUUUGGCACAACCAGCACCCAGGGCUCCUUUGGCACCAGCAGCACCCAGGCAGCAUUUGGAACUACCACAUCAGUCUUCUCUUUUGGGACUGCCAGCUCCACCACAACCAGCUUUGGAUCCAGCACCCAGACCACAAACAGCAGCACUGGCACUGCUGUCUUUGGCACCACCCCCUCUCCUUUCACCUUCGGGGCAUCUGCCCAGCCAGGUCCCUCUGCCAGUGCCUUUGGGAUUGGCACACCUGCCCUGAGCAGUGGCUCCCCCGCCAUAUCAUUCAACUUUGGGGCUGGACAGAGUGGAGCAGCCACUGUGGCAACACCAUUUGGUCCUUCUCUGACACAGAGCACACUGGGUGCACAGAAUCAGAGCACGCCAUUUGCCUUCACUGUUUCCAGCACUCCCGACAACAAACCUGUGUUUGGAGGAACUCCUGCUCCUACCUUUGGGCAAAGCACACCUGUCCCAGGAGCAGUGGGGAGUGGAAGCAGUAACCUUUCCUUUGGGACACCCAGCACUCCUGCCUCAGGCUUUGGGGGAGUUGGUGCUUCCUUCGGUCCCUCAACCCCUGCAUUUUCCAUCGGGGCAGGAUCCAAGACUGGGGCUCGCCAGCGGCUGCAGGCGAGGAGACAGCACACCCGCAAAAAGUAACCUCUUGAGUUGUUAAGCCCCAGCUGCUGGCCUGCUGAGAAGAGCCCCUGCGCCAGCACGCACGCAAGGGGCUCCAGUCUAAAGCAGUCCCCGUGGCAGGACCAGCAGUGGCGAGGGUUAGGCCCCCGUCUCCUAUGCCAGCAGGAGACCGUGCUGGGUAGCAGUGACUGGGGAGGGACAGGAUAAACCAAACCCUUCGUACUUGAACAGUUCCACAGCCAAGGCUGAAUGAACCUCUGUACAUACCUACAGCGUUUCCUCCCUCAUUUUAUUUUGCCAUGUUUCAGAAUAUGUAAAUUUUCCCCAUUGCUUUUCCUAGCUGUGCCUGUGCCCUCCUCCCCCAGCCCCCUUGACAUUGAGCCCCCUGCCCCACAACAUGGCAGCCAGCAGAGCUGCAGGGUGCCAGCUGACCUGCACAUCACUGCUCGGAGCCUGGCUGGAGAUGCGCUCUCCUGGCGUGCUGCUGUCACGCUGCAUCUCUGCUGCCCAGCCCUGCUGGGUGCAGUUUCCUGCCUAACUGCCCCAGUGUUACUGAGUGAUGUGGUCUUCACCAGGUCCAGGAGUCUUUCCCUGCUGUGUAAUCUGAUGACCUGGUGAGCACUAUUCCUCUAGAGGAUUCUGCUCCAAGCUGGUAGUUGCCAUCUUUGCAGAACACUAGCCUGGGUUAAUGGCAGUGAGGCCCCCAUGAGGAUGGGCUAAGUGUUUCAGUGCCAUAGGUGACUGAUCCAGCUUCUGCAGCUGGGUGGAGACCCCACUGUCAAAACUAACAUCUCCCAUCGGACCUCCAGCCAAGGUCUCACGUGCACAGGAUGACGACUGUGCCAUUCAUGGUGUCAGACCUCAGCUGGAGGAGCACUGCAGAGAUGAGCCGUGCUCAGAGCUGUGAGAAGUGUCCUCCCCCUGCAGGGCCAGGCACCUUCUAGCGAAGGAGCCUUUUCCCUUGCUGCUGUCCACCAUCUGUGAGGCUUUGGGCUGACCCUGAUCUGCUCUGUGUAAAGCAUUGUCUGUUUUGCUUUGUUUGUGCUCCUGUUGAUGCACUCAUUGAAUCGAGUUUGGAGGAAGAAUUGAACCGUGUGUGUGGCGGCAUGUUGGUUAUGCCGGAUUUGCUGUUUGGAGUUCUUUUUCUGGGGCGCCUGUUCCCUCAUGGGGGGUUGCGCCCUGGCUAAUUGGGUGUUGACAGUAGCAUCACUGCGUGGCUACUACUGCUGGGUGAGUUCUGUCCCUUCGUCAUUGUGACUGAAAGAAAGGCAGCCGGGGUGGAGAGGACAGCGGGCACGGGGACUCCAGCCUUGGCAGUCUCACCACUACUUGUUCUCCCUUCCUGCUGUUCUCUCUCCUGAGCUGGACCAGGACCUAGUAUCCGUGAGCCACCUUGUGGUCCUCUAGAGGCAGGAGGAGUCCAGAGAGGAUGGGUUUACCCCUGAUUCCCUCUUUGGUUUUCACUUUCAACUCAUCCCUAUCCUUUUGUUUUUACCAGCUCAUAAGAGCUAUGGUGCUGUGUCCAGAGCCCCUGUUGCCACCUAGCCAGAAGUGGGGCUGUUUCUCUGUCUGGAAGCACCUGUGGGAAGAGACUGCCAGGUUACGGUUCCUGCAGGAACUGAGAGCUGGCCUCAGCCCCAGCAUGGCCCUCCCUUCCCUCUGCCCCGGGGAGAGGGACCAGCACCCCUGGCUCCACAGUCUCCCCACCACUUCCAGGAGUGCUUUGCUGCCGGGUUUUUUACUCUCCGAGCCGUGUGAGUGUGUGUGUCUGCCGAAGUCUAAAUUAAAAAAAGAAAAAAAAACAAAUAUUUAAACAUUUUUUAACAAAAUAAAAAUUUAUUUUUAUAUUUAAGCUAAAUUGCCUUUGAAUUCCUUCAAGCUUGGUUCAGUGAAGUUGCCAGACCCUGCAGCGCUGCUGGUAGAGUUUAGCUGUGCAGUUGCAGUCUGGUGAGGAGCUGGCAUGUGGGCCUAGGCCUUCACCAGAGGGGCUUAGCUGCACCAGGGAAAGGCAGCUACGUCCCAUGUGCUGGCCAGGGCUGGAGCACCCCAACACGUGCUCUGUGACCACGUUCUCCUCCUAGGCUGUAACAAAAUGUCCUUAUUUUAAAAUGUGAUGUAUGUGGAUGUGACUAAACUCUCUCCCUCUCUUUCUUUUUUUUUUUUUUUUUUUUUUUAAUUUCCCUGAGGAUGAGGAGCAGGAGCUCUUGCACGUUACAGGGGCAAGUGUGUUUUUUCUCAUCUACCAGGAAAAAAACAUGCCUCUCACAGCAGGCACGGAAAGGGGGGGGGACGGGGGACGGGCUGUGCGUGGCAUGGUGAGGUGGCAGCCCCUCUUAGCAUGGGGGCAGAGGGUGUUCAAGCUGGCACCUUCCCCCCCCCCUUCCAGGGGCUCACAGCUGCCUGGCACUGGCUUUCUGUACCAAAAUGGCGGGGGGGGGGGGGGGGGGGGGGGGGCGGAAAUCUGGUGACUGCUGUUCCGCUGUGACUACAGCAGACCUUUGCUGAGGGAAUGGGCUCGGGCAGAUAGACGCCUCCUUGGGAGGCUCGCACGUGCAGGCUGGUCUGUGGCAUUUGCUCCCUCUCCUGAGGGCAGUUUGCUGUGGUGGGAGCCCACCUAGCUCCCUGUCCACUGCUGCCCCCGGGCGCAGUGCUGGGAGGCAGAGGGGAUGGUGGCUGGUGAAGCGCGUGUGAGCUGAGGGCAUCCUGCGAGCACUGCCCCCCGCUGCCUGGCAAGGAGCCUGGCAGUGUGUGAGCUCACCAGAGCAGAGCCAGCCGUGGGGGCUCAGCACCGCAGCACUGCAGGAAGCAUGGCCAGGUGGAUGUUGGUGCUGCCACACUCCUUGGGCUGCUGCUUGUGUUAAGCCAGGGCCAGUGCUCUCCUAGGGAGGCUUUGGAAGGACCCAAGUCUUCUCAGCCUUCUGCAGUAGCUGGUGCCCAAGUCCGGAGUCCUCCCAUCAGUUUCUGUGGCUCAGAAAUACAAAAGCUUCCUAGGGGGCCAAGCCUGUGUCUCUAAAGGAGCCACUUCCCCCCCCCCCCCCCCCCCCCCCCCCGCCUCCCAUCCCUGCACAGAUGCUUUUUUGGUACCUGCUGCAAGAGACCUGUGUGAGUGGGUUGCAGUAUGUGGACAGUGGAAGUGCUGGGAGGCUGGGUUUUUAAACUCAAAUCUGAAGACUUGGAUCAUUCCUGGUGUGGCUGAUGAGGAUUUUCUUUUUUAUUUUUAGUGUGAAUGUGCAAUUUUUUUUUCCUUGCUUCUUCUGUCACUGAUUCAAAAUAAAAAGACUGUGUUCA